UGGUUUCCGUUAUAUUUGGGAAGAUGGUCAGACAAGUCGCUCAGGGGCUGGGUUUGUCGUUUAAUAGCGAAAUGUCGUUGUAUGCAUAUUUGCACUGAACCAAUAAAACGUAUACAACGCGGACGAAGAAUGCGCCAGUCUUCGCAGAAAGUCUAAAAUGGCCAUAAUAAGGGAACUUAAAGUCUGCCUUCUCGGGGAUACGGGAGUCGGGAAGUCUAGUAUUGUGUGCCGCUUUGUGCAGGACCACUUCGACCAUAACAUAAGUCCAACUAUUGGUGCAUCUUUCCUGACUAAGACUGUCCCAUGUGGGAACGAGCUCCACAAGUUUCUCAUCUGGGAUACGGCUGGCCAGGAGAGGUUCCACUCCCUGGCGCCAAUGUACUACAGAGGAUCCGCAGCCGCAGUCAUCGUUUAUGACAUCACAAAGCUGGACUCGUUCCAGACGCUGAAGAAGUGGGUUAAGGAGCUGAAAGAGCAUGGCCCAGAGAACAUUGUGGUGGCCAUAGCAGGCAACAAGAAUGACCUGGGAGACAUUAGAGAGGUUCCUAUGAAGGAGGCCAAAGACUUUGCCGAGUCCAUCGCGGCCAUCUUCAUCGAGACCAGUGCCCGCAACGCCGUCAACGUGGAGGAGCUCUUCCAGAAGAUCAGUGAGUGUCUUGCCGCGUCCCAUCCACCUCGACAUGCCUUCCUGUCAGAGUACAACAAGCAGAGUCGUCAGAUCCCGCCACUGGAGAACCCAGACUUGGACAGCAACGAGUCCUUUAAACUGACCCGUCAGGCCCCUCCAUCCAGCCGCCGCUGCUGCUAGACACGCGUGCGCGCGCGCGCGUGUGUGCACACACACACACGCACACACACACACACACACACACACACAUUUAGGUCUACACAUAUACUUUCACAUGUAGAUGCAUGUAUGCAAGUGGAUGCAAACACCCCCCAUACAUGCAGGCAUCCAUCCAUCCAUCCACACACACGCAGGCUUUGAGCUACAAGUGCAAAAGCACCUAGCAGUCCCGUCCUUACACAGUGAAAGCACAACAGCCAGGCCUCUCACUGCAGACGACAACCUCAGUUCAUGAGGCGUGCCCUUCACACAUCAGCACAAAACACACACAUAUUUGCACGCACACACACACACCCGCCCAGACCAGCUUAGUGUUUCAGGCUGCAGCCGCACACCGGAUUCCAGGGAGGACCCACACCAUCUCUGCCCACCUGACUGGAUGCCUCAGUGCCAGCCAAACCAACACUCGCUGCUUCCCAUUCGGCACACAGGACCGACAGAUGCAGGGUCCAGGAAGACUUCCAUAGCACGGUGGAACAGUCUCAUCCCCACCUGCCCACCACCGCACACCCACCCAACAGGAGACACCCAGCGCCAACCCCCACAGCUCAUACCCAUAGUCACACACAACUAGCUCCAGGAGGGAGCAGCAGGAUGGGAGAGAUGCCCCCACAGCACUAUGUGAGAACAGUCUCACCCCUCCACCCACUCAACAGGAGCCCCCCCUCCAGCAUCUCGUACCCAUCCUCAUGCACGGCCAGUUCUCCUGACAGCAGCAGUGUCCAAAAGAAGCAGUAGGAGGGAGAGACCCCCCACAGCCCUGCGGAACAGCAGCAACAACAGAAGGGCCAACAUGGCAUCACUGGAGAGCUGCUUCUGGAGGAGGAUCGCUUGACUUGACUCUUUAGGACCCAUCUGUGGUUUUCACUGUCUUUGGAGUUAGUUAGCAGGGCCCAAGCCCACACCCCGUCCUACCAGUGUUCUACACACACACACACACACAUGUUGGCCUGCAGCGAGCUAGCCGUCCUCCCCAAGGACCUCCAGGAACCUCCAAGACCUCCAAGUCUGGACCAGAUCUAGAAGGUCACCACACACCUUGUUUCCUUAGUAACAGGCACUAAGUGUGUUUUUCCACCUCUGAACCAGGAAAGAGGAACUGUGUGGGCCGGAGGUUCCUGAAUCUGAGUCUGUGUGAACAUGUGGCCCCCUCUCAAGCCUUCAGUUAGUGGUCCAGCCCACGUCUGGAGAAGUGGGGACGUUUUUAUCCAGAUGUCCAUUGUUGACUUUCCAGAAUUCUUUUAGAGGAACUUAUUACCUGCUCAUACCUUAAUCCAUGAUUGUGUAUAGGUACAUUUUUUUCCCAGUUGUAACGUAUGUUAUGUAACAUAUACUAGGGAGACUGUGGUCACCUUUUAAAUUAAUGUUUGAUGGCUAGUUAAAUUUGCUAAUAGAUUUGAUGCAGCAUUUGCAAAAGUUCACUUGUAUGUUGGAUGUAAAAGAAGCUGUGCUUCGCUAAUUGGGCCUGUAUAGUAGACAGGCUUACCAACUCAAGAGCAUUACCAUGGCAUUUACAUGCGUUGUCCACUAGGUGGCAUCCGUCCUCUGUCAUCCCAUGAAGUGCCUUAACCAGGAGUUGAUGUACAUGUAUUUAUAGGGUUAUGUAACAUAUGUAUGUAGCAUUGUAGUUUAGACUCCUUUAUUUCUCUCCUUCAUCUGUGUGCAUGUUUUUUCCCUUUGUGUGCAAAGAGCAGUAAGCAAAGAUAACCGAGACUUCUAACUGCUUCAUCUGCUGUUGGGUUCUGAUUGGUUGAUUGAGUGUGUACGCUGGAUGUUACAAACACCCACCAGGUGAAGAUCACAUAGGUAGCAGCCCUGUACCCUUUACUAUAUUGAUGGGGUCAUUGGGCCAUUGGCAUGCUUCAGUGUAUCAGGUGAUGAUGCACAAGGCAACUGUUCCAGUGUUACUCUGAGCAGUGUCGUUUGGGCAUUCUUUUAAUCUGGAAAACUUUAAUAAUCAGCGUACAACUUUGUCAUGAUCAUCCUAUAACACUAUGAGUCAUAUGAUUGCCCAGCAACAUUGCUCAGAUAGUUUCCCACUGCAUCAUCACCUUUACUUGUUGAAUGAAAAAACACCUUGAAUGACUGGCCAGUGGUUUUAAAGCAGUAGUAGAAAUCUAGUCGUUGAAGGACAGGGAAGAAACUAAACAGUAAGUGAGUAAAUGGUGAGAGUUGGUACUACUUACACGUGGUGCAGUAUUACCUCUCCAAAUGCAUCAGAAAUUACCAUAAUAAGUGGGUGAGAUGCAACAUCUGUAGUUUAUUCAUUUCUAGCACCUUUGUACAUUACGUUUUUCGUAUUGGCAAGAAUGAAAAUGUGGUCUUUAAGCAGAGCCUGUGUAUUGUGUGCCAAUCAGAGUCUCACUUCUGCAUAGUGGCCAUGUGUUACAGGGUGAGAGUAGUGUGCCUUCAAUUCCCCUAGGCUCUGAAUAAUUGUAAUGCUGUUUGAAUUCUGUUUGAAAAGAGAACCUAAUUGCUAAAGGAAACAUAUGUUUAGUUACUGUCUUCCACCCAUAAGAAAAAGUUUUAUUGUGCGAUCUACCCGCUCAAGUGCCUUUGUGGUCUUAUUGUCCUGGUUUCAGAUUGAUCGUGUUGUGUGUGUGUGUCUAAACACUAGUCAUAAAGUCACUAGUCACUAAACACAAUCAUCGAUAACCAGGACCAAAUGUGCCUUCAGUCGAUUAGAUUAUUUUCUGUAAAACUGAAAAAGAAAAAAAAACUAUAAGACAAACCACUAUUAAUUGUGCAUGUGUUUAUUUGGUUACCCUAAAUUGGUUAGAACUGUGGAUGGACUUGGGACCUUGACACUGCUAUGUAGCCAUAACGUUUAUUGUUCCCCUUCAAUUGACUUCAGGUUACAUGUGAUUUGUUUUGUAUCACAGUAUCUCUGAAGCCAAUCACUUUAAGUCUGAGUGGCCAAAUUCCUCACAACUGCCAAAAUCUGAGAUUAAAAAACAUCGGAAUUAGCAGUGUUGUUUUGACCAUAUGGAUCGAGUAAUUUGACAUACCUGAUGCCCAUAACUGCAGGCUAUCUUUGCUAAGAAUGUAACCAUAAGAUAGGCUGUCAUUGAUGGUGAAGUUGUUAUUGGGACAUUAUACAUACAUUCGUGUGCUUUUUUAGCAUUACAGAACUGAAGUGAGGAGUGUCUGUACUGACAAUAGUUGCUUGGUAAUCUGAUGCCGUUUGCGCGUCAGAAGCGUGCAUUCUCUCCGCCCUGGUUCCAUAAUGGUGGUUAAUAGACCAUCACAGUCUGUCGUGCUAGAUUCUGGCUGCCAAUGCCUUCAGCUGUAUUUGAACCUGCUCGGUUUGUUUAUGUAUGAUCAAGACAGACAGUGUUAACAUUUUGCAUUAAUCCUUAAUAAAGUCAUACUUUGUCUACCUUAA